AUGUCCAAGAUUGCAUCUACCUUUUCGCGCCUGGUGCGCUUCGUCCCCAAGUCCAACCCCUCCAGCAUCCUGAUCGGAGAGCCGGUUGAUCCCCAGCUGGACGUAGGAUUAGCCCUGUACCAGGGCAAGGAGGUGUCCGUGCGCCCAUUCUCGGGUUCCUCGGUCCUGAACCCGGGCCAGGUCACGAGCGCGACAGAAACGAUCGCGCGUAUUUUGUCACCGCUGGCGCAGACAGAGGUUGGGUCAAUUCGGUGUAUUGGCCUCAAUUAUGUGUCGCACGCCAAAGAAAUGUCGCUGCCCAUUCCCGAUGUGCCGACCUUGUUCAUGAAGCCCUCGACAGCGCUGGCUGAUCCCUGGCCUGCACCGACUGUUUUGCCCAAGAUCACGCAACAAGACAACACUGGCGACUACGAGUCGGAGAUGGUCAUUGUUAUCGGCCGUGAUGCCAAGGACGUGCCGGAGUCCGAAGCGCUUGACUACGUACUUGGUUACACUGCUGCCAAUGAUGUUUCCAGUCGUACCUCGCAGAUGAACCAGAGCCAGUGGACUUUUUCGAAGGGAUUCGACGGUGCAUGCCCGAUUGGUCCCGUGCUGGCCUCAGCUGCUUUGAUUCCAGAUGCCAGUAGAUUCCAAAUCCGCGGCCUGAAGAGUGGUCGAGUGAUGCAGGACUGCCCCUUGACCGACCUGAUAUUCAGUGUCCCUCAGCUCGUCAGCUUCCUCACCCAAGGCACCACCCUGCCUGCCGGUACAAUCAUCCUCACUGGUACACCUCCUGGUGUGGGUGCCGCCAAGAAACCCCAGGAGUUUCUCCAGGCGGGCGAUGAGUUUGCUGUGGAGCUUCUUCCUCAUGUGGGCACGCUCAUCAACAAGAUCGAGCACCAGUGA